AUGAGCGACUCUUCGAAGCACUUACGUCUUGCGUUGACGGUCACGCACCUUCUGCUCGUUGCUUUGGGAUCUGUCAACCUGAUAGUCAUUUAUCUAAUCAUUAAAAGACCAUACCUACGAUCCAUCACCAAUGUAUACAUGAUAGGAUUAUGUCUUGCCGACUUUAUUUAUCUAACCGAUUUGAUUCUGGUAGCCGCCACGUCAUUGAACGGCAAUAGCUGGCCAUUCGGACUAGUAAUUUGUCAUAUUUUCCAUGGCACAGAGGCAACGGGAAAAUACGCAUCUGUCCUUUUUGUCGUUCUUCUCGCCGCUGAUCGAUACAUCGCGAUGUGUAAAAGUGAAUUGUGUGGAAGAUAUAGAACUUAUCUCACUGCCAUCUUUUUGAGCGGGCUUGCGUGGAUCGCAGCAGUUAUCUGUAGUCUUCCUCUUUAUAUCUACGCGGAGGAGGCCAUAGUCCGAAUGAGACCAAAGAAUGGCAUGAAUGCCAUUGAAACCAAUCACACGUUGUGCAUUGCUCAUUGGCCAAGUCCGCCACACGCACAGUGGUACAUCUCUGUGUGCUCGGUGAUGAUCUUUAUCCUUCCUGGACUAGUUAUCUUCUACUGUUACUACCAUGUCUUUUGUAAAUUGCGAGAAGCAGCAAAAGGAUCGCGAAGACUUCAUCGCAAUAAAAGAUCUAGGUCUUCUUACCAAAGAGUUACUCGAAGUGUACAACGGGUUGUUCUUUUCCACCUCCUUUGCUGGUCUCCAUUCUGGCUGUUCAAUUUAUUCUCUGCAAUUUUCCGUGUUCGGAUAACAACUCUAUUGAUGAGAAUCAUUGUAAAUAUCAUUCAUUUGUUCCCCUAUGUCAACUGUGCUCUUAAUCCGGUUCUCUAUGCGUAUCGAGCUGAAAACUUUCGCACUGCUUUCAAAAGUCUUCUAUUCUGGAGUCGACGGAACCGACCACUUCCAGUUCCGGACGAUAUUCGAAGCGCGUCGGCAAGCACGUACUAUAGGAACAGCAGCAAUUUGGAUGGUUUGAAAUCAUCAUUGCCCAUUAAAUCACCAAUGGAAGCUCCGUCAGUAUACCAACCGGAGGAAGAAAGUCCACUCGACUCCACAGAGAGGCUUGAGAUGGAGAGGAAAAAAGCAGAGCUCCAGGCUUGGAGACCAUAUGAUGGAACUAACUGUGAAGUGCUCGAAGUUCAGUACGACCACCAUAAAUGCUCGGCUAGAAGCAUUAUCCUUCCAGCUGUCACCAUCGAGGAGGGCACAAAAUUGUGA